UCCUACUUCUCUUCUCCCUUGCUCUUCCUAAUUCCUCCUUACGCUCUCUUCCCCCAUCAGACAGUCAGCAAACUGGCCAUCCAGGAGGCCAACAACUCAGCCAUGUACAAGUGUAUUGCCUCUAAUAAAGUGGGUCGAGAUGAGCGGCUGAUCUACUUCUACGUGACCACCAUUCCAGACGGGUUCGAGAUUGAGUCCCAGCCCUCAGAAGAGCCCAUAGAGGGGCAGGACCUACAGCUGAGCUGCAAUGCAGACAACUACACCUAUGAGAACCUGCAGUGGUAUCGGCUGAACCUCUCCAAGCUCCACGAUGAAGAGGGCAAUCCCCUUGUGCUGGACUGUAAGAAUGUCCACCACUAUGCCACCAAGAUGCAGGGGGAACUGCGCUUUCAGCCCCACUCCAAUGAUGCCACUUUGCUGCUCACCAUUCCCAACAUCUCCCUGAACGAGGAGGGAGACUACGUGUGUGAGGUGCAGAACAGGAAGACCCGGGAGAAACACUGCCACAAGAAAUACAUCUCUGUGCAGGCCCUGGAGAUCCCCCGCCUCAAGCAGAACCUGACAGACAUUUGGGUGAAUGUCAGCGACUCCAUAGAGAUGCGCUGUAAGGUGGACGGCAACCACAUUCCUGCAAUCAGCUGGUACAAAGACGAGAAACUGGUGGAAGAAGUGUCAGGGAUUGACCUGGCGGACUUCAACCAGAGGCUGAGCAUUCAGAGGGUGAGAGAGGAGGAUGCUGGGCUCUACCUGUGCAGCGUCUGCAAUGCCAAGGGCUGUGUGAACUCCUCAGCCAGCGUCUCCGUAGAAGGCUCUGAUGACAGAACCAAUGUGGAGAUUGUCAUCCUGAUUGGGACUGGUGUUAUUGCUGUUUUCUUCUGGAUCCUCCUUAUUCUCAUCUUCUGCAACAUCAAAAGGCCUGCCCAUGCAGACAUCAAGACAGGCUACCUCUCCAUCAUCAUGGACCCCGGCGAGGUGCCCUUGGAGGAGCAGUGCGAGUACCUGCCCUAUGAUUCCAGCAAGUGGGAGUUCCCACGAGAUCGCCUGCGCCUGGGUAAAGUCCUGGGUCACGGUGCCUUUGGGAAGGUGGUGGAAGCAUCAGCAUUUGGGAUCAAUAAAAGUAACAGCUGUGAGACCGUAGCAGUCAAAAUGCUGAAAGAGGGAGCUACCGCGAGCGAGCACAAGGCACUGAUGUCAGAGCUGAAGAUCCUCAUUCACAUCGGGAAUCACCUCAACGUGGUGAAUUUGCUGGGUGCCUGUACCAAACCCAAUGGUCCACUCAUGGUUAUUGUUGAGUUCUGCAAAUAUGGCAACCUCUCCAACUACCUGCGGACCAAGAGGGAAGGAUUCAGUCCUUACAGGGAGAAGUCUCCCAGGCUGCGUAUCCAGGUGCAGUCCAUCGUGGAGGCCGUGAGAGCAGACAGGAGGAGCCGCUCCGGGACCAGCGACAGCGCCAUCUUCCACCGCUUCCUCAUGCACAAGAGCCAGACAGCACACCCCAUCCAGGAAGUGGAUGACUUGUGGCAAAGUCCCUUGACAAUGGAAGACCUGAUUUGCUACAGCUUCCAGGUAGCACGUGGCAUGGAGUUCCUGGCAUCUCGAAAGUGCAUCCACAGAGACCUGGCAGCUCGCAAUAUCCUGCUGUCAGAGAACAACGUGGUAAAGAUCUGUGACUUCGGCCUGGCCCGAGACAUCUACAAGGACCCUGACUAUGUCAGGAAAGGCAGUGCCCGUCUCCCACUGAAGUGGAUGGCUCCAGAAAGCAUCUUUGACAAGGUUUACACUACACAGAGUGAUGUCUGGUCCUUUGGGGUCCUCCUCUGGGAAAUCUUCUCACUAGGGGCAUCUCCAUAUCCUGGAGUCCAAAUCAACGAGGAGUUCUGCCAGAGGCUCAAAGACGGUACCAGGAUGAGAGCCCCAGAGUACGCCACGGCAGAAAUCUACCGUAUAAUGCUAAGCUGCUGGCACGGUGAUCCCAAGGAGAGACCGACUUUCUCCGACCUUGUGGAGAUACUGGGGAACCUUCUUCAGGAAAACGUCCAGCAGGAAGGGAAGGAUUACAUCCCGCUGAACGACUCUCACAGCUCAGAAGAUGAUGGGUUCUCCCAGGUGCCUUCCUCUGCCCAGCAAAACUCAGAUGAAGAGGACUUCGACAUGAGGAUACGCUGCCACAGCCUAGCAGCAAGAUACUACAACUGUGUCUCGUUCCCUGGUUGUUUGACGGGAGGAAAUCAGAUCAGAUGCCCAUCCAGGAUAAAGACAUUUGAAGAGUUUCCCAUGACACACACAAUGUACAAGGCACACCCGGACAAUCAGACAGACAGUGGGAUGGUUCUGGCAUCUGAGGAAUUUGAGAGGAUAGAAAACCGACACAGAAAAGAAGGUGGAUUCAGCAGUAAAGGGCCCAGUCGAACAGGGGAACAGUCAGACCUGCGGGGCAGAUGUCGACCGUCGUACGGGUCCCAAGUCGGAGGCCAGACUUUUUACAACAGUGAAUACGGGGAGCUGUCAGAACACUCUGAGGACGGCAGCUGCACCCCGCCUGGAGAGGGGGCCAGUCCCCCCACUCUCCACGCUUCCUUCUUCUCCGAGCAGUACUAAUGGCACCAGGCCCUGGAGGCGCUUGCCAAGGCGUCCCCUCUUACCUUCCAGGCACGUCAUCAGGGUCACUCAGAGCUUCUCCUUCAAUCUAUGCCCAAACCCAACAGGGAACCUACCCCAAAUGGAUGGGGAACACUGAUGUCCUCGGAACCACAGCACGAUGGCUCAUACAGCACCUCCAGCUGCAGCUUCCCCGUGCCAGGACUACAGAGAGCACCUCCCUGGUUCCUCGUGUUUCCUUUCUCCCUGCGGCUCGGACAGAUGCGUUCUGCCGGCGAGUGGGUGCCUGUAUUCAGCACUACGGCACCUUCUGCCUGCCAUCCAGCCUCCACUCAGAUCAGCUUCCCAUUCAGAAAGCCCAUUUCAGGUCAGAUAUAAAUAGAUCUGUCUUAGUCUCAAGUUUCUUCCUGGUGUGCAGCCUGAAUGUUUUUCCUUGGAUUGCUUCCUCCUCCCCUCCUCAUGAUGUCAGCUGCUGAGCUGCAGAGCAGAAUCAAAAGGACGAAAUCCCUUGUGGUAUUAGCAGCAAGAGCAGGACAUUUUAAAGAGGUGUACUGAGAGAUCCCAAGGGAUCUUUGUAAAUGCUCGUGCAUGCUGCUCAUUCUGAGUAGGUGCCAGCCUCUCCAUCUCCUCUGCAAGCAACACUCACACCCCUCUCAUCUCUGCUGGGGGGAAGCCUGCCAAUCCACCUUAUCACCAAGGUUAUUUUAGCCAUCUCAACACAGCUAGUGCUGAGCAGGUCAUCAGCUGAUGGCUAAAGUGCUCCCACAGUGAGAUAAAUAGCAACUCUUUUUGCAGGUCCUCUGCAAAACAGGGUUUUUAUGAUCUGUGGUGGGAGCAGGUUACUCACAGGUCUGCUGCUCUCGCCUUCCCCUUCUCCCAGAGCAGCGCUGAGAUCAUUUGUUGCUCGAGUGAGAAAUUAAAGCAAAGCUGGGUUAAUUUCAUCUGUCUUCCAAACACAGAGUGAAAAUGGGCUGUUUACUGGGAGGAAAAGGAUCAAAGGGGUAGGGAGUGAAAUGUUUAUUUUCAAGCUGCUGCAAGCGUUUUGGAAACAAUGGAAGGAACAGAGCUCCAGCAAUGAGGUGCCUGGGUUGCAUCCCCUUGUGUGUUGGCAUCACUGAGCACCUGGCCAAGGCUCAAGCCCUGAUUCUCCUGGGUGAACAGUUCUGCACCACGACCUUUCCUGUUGCCCAAAUUCCCUGAUUCGAAGGAGGCACUCUCUGCCCAGAGAGCUCCUCUCCAGUUUCUGUUGCAGAGCUGCCAGCAUACCUGUCUCUGGGGGAUUAAGGAACAUGUUUGCUGAGGAAACAACUCAUCACUUGGGCCUUUUGUUUCUAAAAGAUACCAUGUGAAUUCAGAGCUCUGAGGAACCUCCACAGCCCCUCUCUAGAUUUCUGUGCUGCUGCCUCACCACUUCCCACCUACUUCUUUCCAUCCUGCUCCCAAUCCAAGAGCUCAGCCACAGAGCAUGGUUACAUCACCGCCACAGGAGUCUGGGUGAAGAGGCUUGUCUGAACAGCUUAUCAUCAUCUCUUCUCCCACAUGCCUAUGGCUGGCAGAGCUCUGUGCACCAGGGCAUCUCAGCACCAGGGAGUUUCUGCUUGCAGGCCAUACCUCUGUCACAGAGCCAAGGCUUUGGACUUUUAAAACUGUGUUUCCUGUCAGAUGUACAGCUUUCCCAAACUGUAUUUCUUUUCCAGCAGAGGGUUUUGCGCGUUUCCCGACGUAAGCCCUGAGAGUCCUUACGGAUGAUGUUGCCAAGUCUUAAUUAUAGUUCUCUGCACAAGUGUAAUGGGGAGAUUUAUUUAGCACAUGGGAAAAGCACGCCUGUCAUUCAGAUUCUCUAAGCCUGUGCAGCACGCAGUUCCCCUCCCUUUUUGUGUCAGCAGGAUGACAUGGCUGCGAUUUCCAUGGCAAAAAAGAGGCACAAAAGUGGACCAGCUUGAGCCAAACUGGCUCAAGAUGUGGAAUUGAAAACCGCAUGUGACAAUGAAUUCCCUGACUUCUACUGGUGUCCCCUGAAGUUGCCAGGAAUUUAAGCAUCUCUAAGUAAUUGUUGUGACUCAGUAAGAAUCCUCUGGCAGGAGAUGCUGGAGAGCCAGGCCAAGGAAGCAGGACAGCCAACGGGGCGUAGGCCAGACCAAAUUCUUCUGCCCUCAUCUUGCCCUGGUUUUCGAACUGGUGGUUCCCUUGGCAGAAGGAAGGUUGCAAGUGCCCUGUGCUGCUGGAGGUCUCCACUGGCAUUCACAUGGGUAGAAGGCAGCGGGCUGAGCUAAAUUCAGGCUGCUCACUGGAUGAUGUGCCCAGGCUCUCUUGUUUCCAGUGCUCCACAAGAGUUCUCUGCCUGGAAACACAGUCCCAUCUGAGAGAUGGCCCAAGAAAGAGGACUACAAAGAAAAUAAUAGUUGAAAAACAGGAUUCCAAAGUAGCUGCAAGUCCUUGUCCAUAUGUGAGGGAUAGAUACGUACUAGCAAAGCCCAGCUUGCAGGACAGCAGCAGAAUUACUCAGCAGAAAGGGGACAGAGGCAUCUGAGCGCCCAGGCUUGUUGUCAGUGUGGCCAUCCGGCCAGGACAGCUGCACUUUGUCUCUAGGUUUAGCUGUAAAUUGCUCACAAGCAUCUUUGUGGAGAAGGGUUACUUCAUUAGAGCCAUUGUUAACGAUCCCCUAUUUCACCCUGGGGAAAGCGCUGGUGUGACAUCUGAUUUUUGAACAUUCAAAUCCACAGAAGUUUAUUUUCUCUGUCUCACACCAUCUUGAUGGGUGGGGAUUGAAUCAGAUCCUAUUGUAUCUGUGUCAACAGUGCUGCAUGAACAAUGCAGCUUGAUAGGAGCAAAUGCUGGCUCCUCUUCAGACACUCCUGUGAUGAAGAACUGUAGUGUGGGAUAUUGGAGAGCUGUUGAGACAAUUGUACUUUUGCUCUCUAAAAGUAUACUAAAAUUAGAUGUACAAACCUGAUAACCCUUCCCACUCUCUUGCAUUAUUUCUGGCUUUUUAUUUUUACAGUCUCCAGAUAAGCAUGAGCAUGAAGUGAAGCUGGUCUGUUUUGGUUUUAAGAUGUGAGACAACAGUGUUUUCUGUCUUUCCACAGCAACAAGGGAGUAUUUCAACUUUUAAAACCCAGGGCUCGGUAAUUGUGCCUGCUUGUUCACAAUGCACUCUCUGUUUUGUUUUGUUUUGUUUUGUUUGGGCUUUUUACUGGAACUCAACACUGAAGCUAAGCUAUUUAUCAUCAUCACCACCUUCCUUUAAAAUGACUGUUUCCGCUCUAUGCUCAGCCUCAUUUUUUCUUACAAAAUGUUGGUGUUGAGGACAUUCCUCCCUCCUGAAAACAAAAUGUUGGGUCCCCUACUUGCGAAUACAUGUGGGUCUCUGAAGAAAAACCUGUGUAUCAAGUAACACUUCAUUUAUAUUGCAAUAUUUUAACCUGGUACCUGUUGUUGCUCCAGCAGCAUUCAGUGUUUCAGUUGGCUGCCUUCGAAGCAAGUAGGUUACAACAUGGGUUAUGUGCGAGUACAAAGCGUGGUCUGUGUGUAUGUGAGUGUGUUAUGUGUGAGUGUGUGGGUGUUUGCACGUGAGUUUUCCUACCAGUGAGCAUAUGUGAGUGUUUAUAACUCACGUUGAGUCUCCUCUCUGGAAGUUCACAGUUAUAUAUCAAAUCAGUUAGAACACUGCUUCCUUUCCUCUCCUCCUAUAGUACUUGUUAUCCUUUGUCAUUAAGAGUUUUGUUGUAAUAUCUAAAUGUGAAAAUGAAUAAAGUCAUAACUGGCA